GUUGCUGACCUUGAGCCAGACAUCCUGGAGAGUGACGUCAACCACAAGCAUCAAAUGUUAAUUAAGAUGAUUCUGUAAUCAGGGCUUGUCUGACCUAGUGAAUGGGCUGUGGCAUAAUAAGGUUUUGUAUUUUCCACAUUUCUCUAUCAUGGUGGUGAAGAUCUUCUUCCCUUUCUGCUGCUCCUCGGCAGAAAGUGGCCUUCUGAUUGGACGAUGGAUUCCAGAGCAGAACUCCGCUGUGGUCUUGGCUGUGAUCCACUUCCCUUUUAUCCCUGGACAGGUGAAGCAGUAUCUCUCUGAAAUGCAACAUGCCACACGAGUCAAGUUGUCUGUGUUGGGCUCGUGGUCUAACAGCAAACAAACCAAGGAAGAGAAUUUGGAAAGGUUCUUUGAAGAUCUUGGUGCCAUCUUUUCACAUGACCCCUGGAUCCAACUCAGCAGGGAGAAAAACAGCAAGUUUUGGAGCUGCGUGGCCACUAGGAACCAGUCUAAUGGCAACGAGGAAGAUGAAAUUAUCUUAAUUUAUUAUGACCAGCGCAAAGUGAUGCUUUCUCAGCUUCACUCUCUGCAGGAUCCCCUUCAUUCUUCUGAUCAGAAUGGAGUAGACAAUUCCAGACUUGCUGCUGUGUUUGAUACUGUUGCAAACAGCAGGUUACUUUUCAUGAAAGAUAGGUAUGACGAGGGGCCUAUUAAGCUCACCCACUGGCAAUCAGAAGGAGUCGAAGCCAGUAUUAUUGUGGAACUGUUGAAACAGGCCUCUGUACCUGUUUGCAUGCUGGUAACAUUCCUCCUUUCGCUUAUCUCUGGAAUCUGUAAAAGCAGGGUUUUGACCUUCUGGCCUCUGUCUUUCAUCUGGAGCAAACUGUCAACUUGUGAGCAGCUGGGGCAUCGGUUGCAGCACCUCCAAGUCAUCAGCAGCGAGAGGAAAGCUCCCGAUCAGAUCCAACUAAUGAGAAAAGCCAACAUCUUUCUUUCCAUCUUUAUUGAUGUGGCUCUUGGAAUACUGCUGAUGUCCUGGUUGUACCAGAAGAAUCAGAUUGGGUAUCUUGCCAAUGCCCUCGUUCCAAUGGCUGACCAUGUUGCGCAGCAGCUCCAGAACCUCUUACAGUGGCUGAUGGGUGUGCCAGCGGGUUUAAAAAUGAACAGAGCUUUGGACCAAGUCUUGGGCCGGUUCUUCCUUUACCACAUCCACCUCUGGAUAAGCUAUAUCCACCUGAUGUCUCCGUUCAUCGAGAUGAUCCUGUGGUACGUGGGUUUAUCUGCUUGUCUUGGUCUGACUGUGGCCCUUUCCAUCCUCUCUGACAUCAUCGCACUCCUGACCUUCCACAUCUACUGCUUCUAUGUUUAUGGAGCCAGGCUUUACUGCCUCAAGAUCUAUGGCUUGUCAUCACUGUGGCGUUUGUUCCGUGGGAAAAAAUGGAAUGUCUUGAGGCAACGAGUGGAUUCCUGCUCCUACGAUUUGGACCAGUUAUUUAUUGGCACUUUAUUAUUUACCAUCUUGCUGUUCCUCUUGCCAACAACUGCGCUGUACUAUUUAGUCUUUACUUUGCUUCGUCUGUUGGUGGUGAUUGUGCAAGGUUUGAUCCGUCUUCUGGUGGAUCUCAUCAACUCAUUGCCCUUCUAUUCAGUCCUUCUUCGGCUCUGCCGAUCCUACAGGCUUGCAGCUGGUGUGAAGUUUCGAGUCCUGGAGCAAGAGGCUGGAAAACCCCUCCGACUUCUGAUGCAGAUAAACCCUCUGACCUAUGGUCAUGUGGUGCAAAUGUACAGGCUCCCAACUUACAGCUGUUACCCCAAGGAUUCCUGGGCCUCUUUGUGCAAGAAGCUGUUUGUUGGCGAGUUGAUCUACCCUUGGAAGCACAAAAGAGAGAAGCAGGAUUGAUGGACAGCAACCAAGAUGGACUCCAGAGAGUCGGAGCCAAAAGAAGCCAUUGCAAGAAGGACCAUUUCCUAGUCCAGAGACAUCCUGAGAAAUGGCAUGUGCCAAAUGGUGCCCGUGUUGGCACUUUCUUUGCCAGGAACUUGAUGAUAUGCAGAAAUGAGGGUGGCAGGCUAUGCCUUUGUUAUGGAUUGAGUGAUUUUCCCCCUCCUCACCUGCAUCAGAUACUCAUUUUUUAUAAUAAAAUGUUUUCUCCUGAA